AUGGCUGAUAAAUACGAGGAUUUAGGACCAGCAAAUGCUUUGCCACCACCACCACAAACACCAGCUUCAACAGCUGGAGGCGUAGAUCGCACAGAAUUAAAAUCUGCUCAAAUAGAUGUUAAAUAUACGAAUGCGCAAAAAAUAUGCAUGAUAAUAUCAGCUAUAUUAGCGCUAACGUUUUUGAUUAUAGCAAUUGCUAUGAUUGUUCUCUUGCUUACAGGCAUUAAAGUUUUCUCAUAG